AUGGCUCUCAUGGAGGCUAAGGUCAAGAGCGUGCUCUCUGGCGAUACCCUCGUUCUCCACAACAUCAAGAAUCCUUCUCAAGAACGCACCCUGAGCUUGGCCUUUGUCAGUGCUCCUAGGAUACGCAGAGAGGGCGACGAACCUGGUGCUUUCGAGUCCAGAGACUUUGUCCGCAAGCUCUGCGUCGGCAAGGUUGUUCGAUUCAGCGUCCUCUACAAUGUCCCCACGCCUUCACCUCGCGACUACGGUGUCAUUAUCCUGCAGAGCGGCCAACAUCUGCUCGACCUCGUUGUACGUGAGGGCUUGGUCAAGCUGAGAGAUGACGCUGGUAAAAAGGAGGACACACCACAAGGCACCGAGCUACUCGAGAGGUUGCAGGCCCUCGAGAGCCACGCCAAGGUCGACGAGAAGGGCAUCUGGAACUCCAACCAACAACGCAUCGACAACGUUCACGACCUGUCAGACCCAAGGGCCUUCGCAGAAGCUUACAAGGGUCAACCCAUUGACGCCAUCGUCGAACGUGUUCUGAGUGCAGACCGUCUCAUCUGCCGCAUGUUGGUCCAGCCCACAAAGCACACUCAGACCAUCGUCUUGCUCGCCGGUGUCCGCGCUCCUGCUACCAAGCGAAUCAACCCUUCGGACCAGUCAGAGCAACCCGCAGAGCCCUUCGGUACCGAGGCACACCGCUUCGUCGAGGAGAGACUGCUGCAGCGUGGUGUCCAAGUACGCAUCCUUGGUGUUUCUCCCAACAACCUCCUGGUCGGAGAGGUCAGACACCCCAUGGGUAGCAUCGCCGAAUUCCUCCUCAAGGCGGGUCUCGCUCGCUGCACCGACCACCACUCGACAUGGCUUGGUUCCGAGAUGGCCAAGCUGAGACAGGCCGAACGUCACGCCAGGGAUAACAAGCUUGGUCUGUUCGAAGGUCACGUCUCGCAAAGAUCUGCUGGUACUGGUCAAAUUGAAGCUACCGUCAGCCGUGUUUUCUCUGCCGAUACUCUCUACUUGCGCAACAAGGCUGGAGCCGAGAAGCGUGUCAACCUCAGCAGUGUUCGCCAACCCAAGCCUUCAGACCCCAAGCAAUCACCCUUUGGUGCUGAGGCUAAGGAGUUCUUGCGCAAGCGUCUGAUCGGAAAGCACGUCAAGGUUACCAUCGAUGGCAAGCGACCAGCCACUGAAGGCUUCGAUGAGCGCGAGAUGGCCACUGUCACCUUGAACGACGAGAACGUGGGUCUUCAGCUCGUUGAGCAGGGAUACGCCUCCGUCAUCAGACACCGCAUGGAUGAUACUGAUCGUUCGCCUAUCUACGAUGAGCUUCUUGCCGCCGAGGAGGCUGCACAGAGUGCUGGCAAGGGAAUGUGGAAUCCCAAGCCCCCAAAGAAGACCGAAUAUGUCGACUACAGCGCUUCCGUCGACCAGGCCAAGCGUCAACUCACUCUUCUGUCGCGCCAAAGGAAGGUUCCUGCUGUUGUCGACUUUGUCAAGAGCGGGAGUAGAUUUACCGUCUUGGUUCCUCGCGAGAACGCCAAGCUCACUUUUGUUCUGUCCGGUAUCAGCGCACCUCGCUCCGCUCGCAACCCCAGCGAGAAGGGCGAGCCUUUCGGUCAAGAGGCUCAUGAGUUCGCAAACCGCAGAUGCCAGCAACGCGAUGUCGAGAUUGACGUUGAGGGUACUGACAAGGUUGGAGGCUUCAUUGGUCAGCUGUACAUCAACCGUGAGAGCUUUGCUAAGCUGCUCGUCGAGGAGGGUCUUGCUUCGGUCCACGCCUAUAGUGCAGAGAAGUCGGGCAACGCAAACGAGCUCUUCGCUGCCGAGCAAAGGGCAAAGGAGGCCAGACGUGGCAUGUGGCACGACUGGGACCCUUCAAAGGACGUUGCCGAGGAGGGCGAGGUGUACGAUGCUUCUGCAAGUGCUGCCGGUCAGAACGGCGAUGCUCCUGUCGAGCGCCGCAAGGACUACAGAGAUGUUGUGGUCACUAACAUCGACUCCACAAACGCACGCAUCAAGAUUCAGGAGAUUGGAACUGGCACAGCAGCUUUGACCGACCUCAUGAACUCGUUCCGCUCCUUCCACAUUUCCUCAUCUGCCAACAAGCCCCUCGAACAAGCCCCCAAGGCCGGUGACUUCGUGUCUGCCAGAUUCAGCGAAGACAAUGAAUGGUACCGCGCCCGCAUCCGCCGCAACGACCGCGAAAACAAGACUUCCGAGGUCGUCUACAUCGAUUACGGCAACAGCGAAACGAUCCCUUGGUCGCGCCUGCGCACCCUCGAUCCCACCCGCUUCGGCGUACAAAAGCUGCGCGCCCAAGCCCUCGAUGCCGUCUUCUCCUUCCUGCAAUUCCCCACCGCACCCGAAUACCUCCGCGAAGCCGUCAACAUCAUCAGCGACUCCACUGCCGAUCGCCAAUUGGUUGCCAAUGUGGAUUACAUUGAUCCUCGUGAGGGCACACUGCACGUCACACUGUUCGACCCUAAGCAGAGCGACAGUCUGAAGGACAGCGUCAAUGCCGAUAUCAUCUCCGAAGGUUUCGCCAUGGUGCCCAAGAAGCUCAAGGCUUGGGAGAGAGGAGCUGGAGAUGUGCUUGCUGAUCUUCAGGCUCGUGAGACUGAGGCCAAGGAGCGUAGACUUGGUCAGUGGGAGUAUGGUGACUUGACUGAGGAUUAG